AUGGCUGAGGUGGCAGAGGGAGAAGACGAAAUUCAGUUCUUGCGAACUGAUGAUGAGGUUGUGCUGCAGUGCAGUGCCACUUUUCAUAAAGAGCAGCUCAAACUCUGCCUUGCUGGGGAAGGAUUUGGCAGCCGACUCUGCUUCUUGGAAUCCACCUCAAACUCGAAGAAUGUCCCUCCGGAUCUCUCCAUCUGCACCUUUGUGCUCGAGCAAUCCCUCUCCGUUCGGGCUCUUCAGGAAAUGUUGGCGAACACUGAAGAUCAGGCAGAAGGGGCAAAUGCUUGGACAGUGCACGGUGGAGGCCAUCGGACCCUUCUGUACGGUCAUGCUGUGCUGCUCAGGCACUCCUACAGUGGAAUGUAUCUUUGCUGCUUAUCCACAUCACGGUCUUCAACAGAUAAAUUAGCCUUUGAUGUCGGGUUACAGGAAGACACAACAGGAGAGGCCUGUUGGUGGACCAUUCACCCAGCCUCCAAACAACGCUCUGAAGGUGAAAAAGUGCGUGUCGGAGAUGACCUGAUUUUAGUCAGCAUUUCCUCAGAACGAUACCUACAUUUGUCCUAUGGCUCCAGCAGCUUGCAGGUUGAUGCCGCAUUCCAGCAAACUCUCUGGAGUGUUGCUCCAAUUUGCUCUGGAAGUGAAGUAGCGCAGGGUUACCUAAAGGGAGGGGAUGUGCUGAGGUUACUGCAUGGACACAUGGAUGAAUGUCUGACUGUACCUUCUGGAGAGCACGGGGAGGAACAGCGCAGGACAGUUCAUUAUGAAGGUGGAGCGGUGUCCAUUCAUGCUCGCUCCCUGUGGAGACUUGAGACACUGAGGGUUGCGUGGAGUGGAAGCCACAUGAGAUGGGGCCAGCCAUUCAGACUGAGACAUGUGACAACAGGAAAAUACUUAAGCCUGAUUGACGAGAAAGGCCUUCUCCUCAUGGACAAAGAAAAAGCUGACGUAAAAAGCACGGCUUUCUGUUUCAGAUCAUCAAAGGAAAAACUGGAUACAGGAAUAAGGAAGGAAGUGGAUGGAAUGGGAUCCCCGGAGAUAAAAUAUGGGGAUUCAGUGUGUUUCAUCCAGCAGUUAGAUACUGGACUGUGGCUUUCUUACCAGUCCGUGGAUGCUAAAUCAGCGCGGAUGGGAACAGCUCAGCGGAAAGCCAUAAUGCAUCAUGAGGGCCACAUGGAUGACGGCUUAACUCUAUCACGUUCUCAGCACGAAGAGUCAAGGACAGCACGCGUUAUUCGCAGCACAGUGUUGCUCUUCAACAGGUUCAUCAGGGGCCUCGAUGUUCUCAACAAGAAAGGGAGAUCCCCAGCUGUUGAUUUACCUAUCGAGUCCGUCAGUCUGAGUUUGCAGGAUCUGAUUGGCUAUUUUCAGCCACCUGAUGAACAUCUGGAACAUGAAGAUAAACAGAACAGGCUGAGAGCACUCAAGAACAGACAGAAUCUCUUCCAGGAAGAGGGCAUGAUUAACCUGGUUAUUGAGUGCAUUGACCACCUCAAUGUGUACAGCAGUGCAGCCCACUUCACAGAUGUUGCUGGGAAAGAAGCAGGAGAAUCUUGGAGAUCUAUUCUCAAUUCACUCUAUGAGCUACUUGCUGCCUUGAUUAGAGGAAAUCGCAAAAAUUGUGCCCAAUUCUCCAGCUCCUUAGACUGGCUGAUCAGCAGACUGGAGAGAUUAGAAGCUUCUUCUGGAAUUCUUGAAGUUCUGCAUUGUGUUCUUGUGGAAAGCCCAGAAGCACUGAACAUCAUCAAAGAAGGACACAUAAAGUCUAUAAUUUCCCUGCUGGAUAAACAUGGAAGAAAUCACAAGGUUCUGGAUGUGCUUUGCUCCCUCUGUGUAUGCCAUGGUGUUGCUGUGCGAUCCAACCAACACCUAAUUUGUGACAACUUGCUAUCAGGAAGAGAUCUGCUGUUACAAACAAGGCUCAUCAACCACGUGAGCAGUAUGCGGCCAAAUAUAUAUCUUGGGAUCAGUGAUGGUGCGGCUCAGUACAGGAAGUGGUACUACGAGCUGAUUGUGGACCAUGUUGACCCUUUCAUAACAGCAGAAGCGACCCACCUUCGAGUUGGCUGGGCUUCAACAGAUGGCUAUUCCCCGUACCCUGGAGGGGGUGAAGGGUGGGGAGGCAAUGGUAUAGGAGAUGACCUUUACUCCUACGGAUUUGAUGGACUGCAUUUGUGGUCAGGCUGCAUUGCACGAACAGUAAAUUCACCAAAUCAGCACUUGUUGAGAGAUGAUGAUGUGAUCAGUUGCUGUCUGGAUUUGAGCGCUCCGAGCAUUUCCUUCCGAAUUAAUGGGCAGCCGGUUCAGGGAAUGUUUGAAAAUUUCAAUACAGAUGGGCUCUUCUUCCCGGUGGUCAGCUUCUCCACAGGAGUAAAGGUCCGUUUUUUACUUGGAGGUCGUCAUGGUGAGUUUAAAUUCCUCCCUCCUCCUGGUUAUGCCCCGUGCUUUGAAGCUUUGCUGCCAAAAGAGAAGAUGAGAGUGGAGCAUACAAAGGAAUACAAGCAGGAUCAUCAUGGCAUCAGGGACCUCUUGGGUCCUACCCUUUCACUCACUCAAGCAGCCUUCACACCAAUGCCUGUGGAUACUAGCCAGGUUGUGUUGCCACCUCAUCUGGAACGAAUUCGAGAGAAACUUGCCGAGAACAUUCAUGAACUCUGGGUGAUGAACAAAAUUGAGCUGGGCUGGACCUAUGGGCCGCUCCGGGAGGAUAACAAGCGACAGCACCCUUGCCUGGUAGAAUUCUCCAAGUUGCCGGAGCAGGAAAGGAAUUAUAAUCUACAGAUGUCACUCGAGACCCUCAAAACUUUACUGGCAUUGGGUUGCCACGUAGGUAUUGCUGAUGACCAGGCAGAAGAGAAAGUGAAAACAUUGAAGCUCCCAAGGAACUACCAGCUACCAAGUGGAUAUAAGCCAGCUCCCAUGGACCUGAGCCACAUCAAAUUAACCUCGACUCAGGAAGCCAUGGUAGAUAAACUUGCAGAGAAUGCUCAUAAUGUCUGGGCCAGAGACCGCAUCAAACAAGGCUGGACGUAUGGCAUUCAGCAGGAUGUCAAAAACAGAAGAAACCCUCGCCUUGUUCCAUACACACUUCUGGACGAACGGACAAAAAAGUCCAACAAAGACAGCUUACGCGAAGCAGUCCGUACCCUUCUAGGUUAUGGGUAUAACUUGGAGGCUCCCGACCAGGACCACGCCACCAGAUCCGACCUGUUUAACAACGCAACAGAGCGGUUCCGCAUUUUCCGUGCUGAGAAGACCUACGCAGUCAAGACGGGGAAGUGGUACUUUGAGUUUGAAGUCGUGACCUCUGGAGACAUGCGUGUGGGUUGGAUCAGACCCAGCUGCCGCCCAGACCAGGAGCUUGGGACGGACGACCAGUCCUUUGUUUUUGAUGGAUUCAAAGCUCAACGGUGGCACCAGGGUAAUGAGCACUUUGGCCGAUGCUGGCAGGCAGGGGAUGUAGUCGGCUGCCUUGUGGACGUGAACGAGACUACCAUGACGUUCACUCUCAAUGGAGAGGUCCUGCUGGAUGAUUCGGGUUCAGAGCUUGCAUUUAAGGACUUUGAAGUUACAGAUGGCUUUAUUCCGGUCUGUACGUUCGGAGUGUCUCAAGUUGGCAGGAUGAAUUUCGGAAAGGAGGUUGGCACAUUGAAAUACUUCACCAUUUGUGGAUUACAAGAAGGCUAUGAGCCUUUUGCUGUGAACAUGAACAGGGACAUUACAAUGUGGUUCAGCAAGCGACUGCCUCAGUUUUUACCUGUGCCACCAAACCAUGAGCACAUUGAGGUGACAAGAAUAGAUGGGACUGCUGAUAGCUCCCCAUGCUUGAGGGCUACACAAAGGUCAUUCGGAUCUCAAAACAGCAACACAGACAUUGUUUUCUACCGGCUAAGUAUGCCUAUUGAAUGUGCUGAGGUGUUCUCCAAAAUGCCCAUUGGUGGUCUGGCAAACACCAAUAUUCUUCCACAGAAAAAUGAGCUGGAAGACUUCGAUGCCGACUCUGACUUUGAGGUUCUCCUGAAAACAGCACAUGGACAUCUUGCCUCGGCCACUGUGGAAAAAGAGAAAGAAAAAGAAGGUGCCAAAGCAGAGUUCAACAACCACAAGGAUUAUAACCAGGAAAAGCCUUCUCGCCUAAAGCAGAGGUUUAUGUUAAGAAGGACAAAACCAGAUUACAACUUGACUCAUUCCUCGACACGCCUGACGGAGGAGGUAUUGGCCGAUGACCGGGACGAUUAUGACUUCCUGAUGCAGACAAACACUUAUUAUUAUUCUGUAAGAAUAUUUCCUGGCCAAGAGCCAACGAAUGUUUGGGUCGGUUGGAUUACCUCUGACUUUCACCAGUAUGACACUGCCUAUGAGCUUGAAAAAGUGCGCACCGUGACUGUGACCCUUGGAGAUGAGAAAGGCAAAGUCCAUGAAAGCAUCAAACGCAGUAACUGCUACAUGGUGUGGGCAGGAGAGAGCACCAGCCCUGGACAAGGGCGCAACAACAAUGGGCUGGAGAUUGGCUGCCUGGUGGAUACAGCCAGUGGCCUUCUGACUUUCACCGCCAAUGGCAAGGAAUUAAACACCUAUUAUCAGGUGGAACCGAGCACCAGACUGUUUGCAGCAGUGUUUGCACAGGCCACAAGCCCCAAUGUGUUCCAGUUUGAACUGGGGAGGAUUAAGAAUGUAAUGCCUCUCUCAGCAGGACUGUUCAAAAGUGAACGCAGAAACCCAAUCCCACAGUGUCCGCCUCGACUCCACGUUCAACACCUCGCCCCCGUGCUCUGGAGCAGGGUACCAAACAAGUUCUUAAAGGUGGAUGUCAAGCGUGUGAGUGACCGCCACGGUUGGCAGGUGCAAUGUGCCGAUCCAUUAAAGUUUAUGGCUCUGCACAUUCCUGAGGAGAACAGGUCUGUGGAUAUCCUGGAGCUCACGGAAUAUGAGGAGCUGCUGAAGUUUCACUACCACACCUUGCGACUGUAUUCUGCGGUCUGUGCUCUGGGUAACAACCGGGUAGCACAUGCCCUCUGCAGCCAUGUGGACGAGUCUCAGCUGAUGUAUGCGAUAGAGAACAAAUACAUGCCUGGCUUGCUCCGAACGGGUUAUUACGAUUUACUCAUCGAUACCCAUCUUAGCACCUACGCCACCGCCAGGCUGAUGAUGAACAAUGAAUUCAUUGUUCCCAUGACGGACGAGACCAAGAGUAUCACUUUGUUCCCGGACGGCAAUCGAACUCACUCCGUCCCGGGCAUAGGCCUCACUACCUCUCUAAGGCCUAGGAUGCAGUUUUCUUCAACCAGCUUUGUCACCAUCAACAGUGAGUGCUUUCACCACAGCCCUGAGUUCCCUUUGGACAUCUUGAAGGCCAAAACAAUUGAAAUGCUGACUGAGGCCGUACAGGAAGGCAGCCUCCAUGUUCGAGACCCCGUGGGCGGCUCCACUGAGUUCCUCUUCGUCCCUCUCAUCAAACUCUUUUACACACUGCUUAUAAUGGGCAUCUUCAGCAACGAGGAUCUGAAGCAUAUUUUGCAGUUGAUUGAAGCCCGUGUGUUUGCUGAGGAGAUCGAGGCAGAAGAGAGCACGACAGUUGAAAAAGAAGCCUGCAAAGGUGAACUGAAGAGUGAAGUGGGAGAUGAAGAAGCCAAAGGUGAACAGGUUCCCAACAAGGGGCUACUACAGAUGAAACUCCCUGAGCCUGUUAAACUUCAGAUGUGCCUCCUGCUGCAGUAUUUGUGUGACUGUCAGCUUCGCCACCGGAUUGAAGCCAUUGUCGCCUUUUCAGAUGACUUUGUGGCAAAGCUUCAGGAUAACCAGCGGUUCCGAUAUAAUGAAGUCAUGCAAGCACUAAACAUGUCUGCCGCACUGACUGCCAGGAAAACCAAAGAGUUCCGUUCUCCACCACAGGAGCAGAUUAACAUGUUACUGAACUUUAAAAGUGACAGACAAGAGUGCCCUUGUCCUGAAGAUGUGCGUGAAGAACUGUUGGAUUUCCACGAGGACCUCAUGGCUCAUUGUGGUAUUGAGCUGGAAGAAGAAGAAGCCAGUGACAGUGACAGUGACUCCACAAUUCGAGGCCGACUCAUGAACCUGGUGGAAAAAGUGACGUACUUAACGAAGAAGCAGACGGAGAACCCAGUGGAGCAGGAGGCAAAAAAUCCCACCACGCUGCAGCAAUUGAUCUCCGAGACCAUGGUGCGUUGGGCCCAGGAGUCAGUGAUUGAAGACCCGGAGCUGGUCAGGGCCAUGUUUGUCUUAUUGCACAGGCAGUAUGAUGGCAUUGGUGAGCUUGUUCGUGCUUUACCAAAGUCAUAUACAAUAAAUGGCGUGUCUGUGGAGGAUACAAUAAACUUACUCGCUUCACUGGGCCAGAUCAGGUCCCUACUGAGUGUCAGAAUGGGUAAAGAAGAGGAGAAGUUAAUGAUCUGUGGGCUUGGGGACAUAAUGAAUAAUAAAGUUUUCUACCAACAUCCCAAUCUAAUGAGGGCCCUGGGGAUGCAUGAGACCGUGAUGGAGGUUAUGGUCAAUGUGCUCGGAGCAGGAGAAUCAAAGGAAAUCAUCUUCCCAAAGAUGGUGGCCAACUGUUGUCGUUUCCUGUGCUACUUCUGCCGAAUUAGUCGACAAAAUCAGAAAGCUAUGUUCGACCACUUAAGCUAUUUAUUGGAAAACAGCAGCGUUGGACUAGCAUCUCCUUCAAUGCGAGGCUCCACGCCUUUGGAUGUUGCUGCAGCAUCUGUGAUGGACAACAAUGAACUUGCUUUAGCAUUACGAGAGCCUGACUUAGAAAAAGUUGUUCAGUACUUGGCUGGGUGUGGCCUGCAGAGCUGUGGCAUGUUGGUUUUCAAGGGAUACCCGGAUAUUGGCUGGAAUCCUGUGGAAGGGGAACGCUACUUGGAUUUUCUUCGGUUUGCUGUCUUUUGUAAUGGUGAGAGUGUGGAAGAGAAUGCCAAUGAGGUAGUGAGGCUGCUGAUUCGUCGCCCUGAGUGCUUUGGACCAGCCCUGCGAGGAGAAGGUGGAGAUGGGCUUCUAGCUGCCAUGGAGGAAGCAAUAAAGAUCUCUGAAGAUCCAGCGAGGGAUGGCCCUUCACCAACUGAUGACUUCAUUAGAAGCCUGGAUAUUGAGGAAGAGGAAGAUGACACCAUUCAUAUGGGGAAUGCCAUAAUGACCUUCUACUCUGCUUUGAUUGACUUAUUAGGGCGUUGUGCUCCAGAGAUCCACCUCAUUAACGCUGGUAAAGGUGAGGCAAUCCGAAUUAAAGCCAUCCUUCGCUCACUGAUUCCCCUGGAAGACUUGGAGGGAGUUAUCAGCAUUCCUUUCCAGAUGCCAACCAUUGCUAAGGAUGGGACGGUGGUAGAGCCGGACAUGUCGGCAGGAUUCUGCCCUGAUCACAAGGCAGCCAUGGUUUUGUUCCUGGACAGGGUGUACGGAAUCGAAGAUCAGGAAUUUCUUCUACAUCUGCUAGAGGUUGGCUUCCUGCCAGACCUCCGUGCUGCAGCCUCACUGGACACGGCUGCCCUGAGUGCUACAGACAUGGCAUUGGCACUGAAUCGAUAUUUAUGUACUGCUGUUUUGCCGCUGUUAACUAAGUGUGCCCCACUCUUUGCUGGCACGGAACACCAUGCCUCCCUUAUCGAUUCUUUGCUGCACACUGUGUACAGACUGUCGAAGGGAUGCUCUCUCACGAAGGCUCAGAGAGAUGCAAUUGAAGAAUGCUUGCUUGCAAUCUGUAGUCAAUUACGACCAUCCAUGAUGCAGCACCUGUUGAGGAGACUAGUGUUCGAUGUUCCUCUCCUCAAUGAACAUGCAAAAAUGCCUCUCAAGUUACUAACCAACCACUAUGAGAGGUGUUGGAAAUAUUACUGCCUCCCAGGAGGGUGGGGGAACUUUGGAGCAUCCUCAGAAGAAGAACUUCACUUGUCAAGGAAGUUGUUCUGGGGUAUUUUUGAUGCCCUGUCCCAGAAGAAGUAUGAACAAGAAUUGUUUAAGUUAGCUCUACCCUGUCUGAGUGCAGUUGCAGGGGCCUUACCCCCAGACUACAUGGAAUCCAACUAUGUGGCAAUGAUGGAGAAGCAGUCCUCAGUGGAUACGGAGGGAAAUUUCAAUCCACAACCUGUAGACACCUCAAGUACGACUCUUCCAGAAAAGUUAGAUUAUUUUAUCAACAAAUAUGCAGAACACAGUCAUGACAAAUGGACAAUGGAAAAGUUUGCUAAUGGAUGGGUCUAUGGUGAAACAUGUGGUGAGGCUGCCAAGGUUCAUUCUUUGUUAAAACCGUUCAAACUUCUGUCUGAAAAGGACAAGGAAGUGUAUCGUUGGCCGAUAAAGGAAUCCCUGAAAACAAUGGUGGCUUGGGGCUGGACAAUCGAGAGGACACGAGAUGGAGAAACCAUGGCUCUACAUAACAGGACACGUAGAAUAUCUCAGUCAAGCCAGGUUUCUGUUGAUUCUGCACAUGGCUACAGCCCACGACCCAUCGACAUGAGCAAUGUCACACUUUCCAGAGACCUGCAUGCCAUGGCAGAGCUCCUAGCUGAGAACUAUCACAACAUCUGGGCCAAGAAGAAGAAAACUGAGCUGGAAGUUAAAGGAGGAGGAAACCAUCCUCUGUUGGUGCCAUACGAUACACUCACAGCCAAGGAGAAAUCCCGAGACAGGGAGAAAGCACAGGAAAUUCUCAAGUUUCUUCAGAUCAAUGGCUACGCAGUCUCAAGGGGAUUAAAGGACAUGGAGUUGGAUACACCUUCAAUUGAAAAGAGAUUUGCCUACAGCUUCCUUCAGCAGCUCAUCAAAUACGUGGAUCAGGCUCAUGAAUACAUUCUGCAGUUUGAUGUUUGUUCCAGAGGUAAAGGAGAAAGGUUCCCUCAUGAACAGGAAGUCAAGUUCUUUGCCAAGGUUGUUCUUCCUCUAACCGAUCAAUACUUUAAGAAUCAUCGCCUUUACUUCUUGUCCACUGCAAGUAGACCUCUCAGUAGUGGGGGCCACGCCUCGAACAAGGAGAAGGAAAUGGUAACAAGCCUGUUCUGCAAACUCGGAGUACUUGUCAGACAUAGGAUAUCACUGUUUGGAAGCGAUGCCACAUCAAUAGUAAACUGUCUGCACAUAUUGGGCCAGACUUUGGAUGCCAGGACUGUGAUGAAGACAGGUCUGGAAUCAGUUAAGCUGGCCUUACGAGCGUUCUUUGAAAAUGCAGCAGAGGAUUUGGAGAAAACUAUUGAGAAUCUUAAACUGGGGCAGUUCACUCACACCAGGACACAGCCUAAAGGAGUGACGCAGAUCAUCAAUUACACGACUGUGGCCUUGCUGCCAGUCUUAUCAUCACUGUUUGAACACAUUGCCCAGCACCAGUUUGGAGAAGACCUCAUCUUGGAUGAUGUCCAGGUCUCUGGCUACAGGAUACUAAGUAGCUUAUACGCGCUGGGUACUGGUAAAAGCAUCUACGUGGAAAGGCAGCGGCCAGCUCUAGGGGAGUGUCUGGCAGCAUUUUCGGGUGCUUUCCCCGUGGCUUUUCUCGAGACUGACCUGAACAAACACAAUCCUUUCUCGAGCUACAACACUAAGACUUCAAAGGAUCGUGCAGCUCUGAAUUUGCCAGCCAGAGUGGAAGAGAUGUGUCCCAAUAUUCCUUCCCUGGAAAGUCUGAUGGAAGAGAUAAUGGAGCUGGCAGAAUCUGGGAUACGUUACACCCAGAUGCCCCAUAUAAUGGAAGUUAUCCUGCCCAUGCUGUGCAAUUACAUGUCUCACUGGUGGGAACACGGGCCAGAGAAUAACCCUGAGAAGGCAGAGUUGUGCUGUACUGCUCUCACCUCCGAGCACAUGAACACUUUGCUGGGCAACAUUCUGAAGAUUAUAUCAAACAACCUGGGCAUUGACGAAGGAGCUUGGAUGAAGAGAUUAGCAGUAUUUUCACAGCCCAUUAUCAGCAAGGUGAAAGCCCAGCUCCUGAAGACACACUUCCUGCCCCUCAUGGAGAAGCUGAAAAAGAAAGUGGCCACAGUGGUGGUGGAGGAGGAUCACCUGAAAGCGGAGGGCAGAGGGGACAUGUCUGAGGCUGAGCUCCUCAUCCUGGAUGAAUUCACUGUGCUGGCCCGGGACCUGUACGCUUUCUACCCGUUGCUAAUUCGAUUUGUGGAUUAUAACCGUGCCAAAUGGCUCAAAGAACCAAAUCCUGAGGCUGAAGAACUGUUCCGAAUGGUGGCUGAAGUGUUUAUUUACUGGGCGAAAUCUCACAAUUUCAAGAGGGAGGAGCAGAACUUUGUGGUGCAGAACGAAAUCAAUAACAUGUCGUUCCUCAUCACUGACACAAAAUCUAAGAUGUCAAAGGGGUGUGUUUCCGAUCAAGAGAGGAAGAAGUCAAAGAGGAAGGGAGACCGAUAUUCUCUUCAAACGUCACUCAUUGUCGCAGCACUAAAGAGACUACUUCCAAUUGGAUUAAACAUCUGUGCGCCUGGUGACCAGGAACUAAUUUCAUUGGCGAAAAAUCGGUUUAGCCUGAAAGACACGGAGGCUGAAGUUAGAGAAAUAAUUCGCAAUAAUCUUCAUCUUCAGGGCAAAUAUCGAGUAUUUCAUUUCAAGAAACUGGUGAAGAGACUCAUCAUAAUUAUGAAAUGGAUGAAGAACAGACCACCCAAAUCCGCUUCCAGGCCCAAUAACUCUGGCUCAGAUUUUUCAGGCACUUACAGCCAUAAAAAAUUGACCGUGCAAAAACACUCUGUUAUUCUAGACAUUAUUCCCAGAGUUCAAAAAACUCCUCUUUUGGCACUUAAAAAAUCCUCUUCAAUUCACCAUGUGUCUGUGGCGCAACACUCAAAGGUCCUGUCAAGGCCAUUUGAGCUGAUGGUUAGUAAGCCCAGGAAAGGCCUGAAAGAGGAUGGGACUACAACCGUGCAUGGUUUGCUUGGGUGUAACAGCCUUUUAUUGGAAGAUCCUGCCAUUAGGUGGCAGAUGGCUCUAUAUAAAGACCUGCCGAACAGAAGUGAAGACUCGUCCGAUCCUGGGAAAACAGUGGAGCGAGUGCUAGAUAUUUCCAAUGUAGUUUUUCACUUGGAACAGGUUGAACAUCCUCAGAGAUCUAAGAAAGCUGUGUGGCAUAAGCUACUAUCCAAGCAGAGGAAGCGAGCAGUGGUUGCCUGCUUCAGGAUGGCACCACUGUACAACCUGCCACGGCACCGAGCUGUCAAUCUCUUCCUUCAAGGCUAUGAGAAAUCCUGGAUUGAGACUGAGGAUCACUAUUUUGAAGACAAGCUGAUAGAAGAUAUAGCUAAACCAGGUGGGAAAGCGCCAGCAGAGGAAGAGGAGGGAACCAAACGACUUGACCCUCUUCACCAACUCAUUCUGCUUUUCAGUCGCACGGCUUUGACUGAGAAAUGUAAACUGGAAGAAGAUUUUCUCUAUAUGGCUUAUGCUGACAUUAUGGCUCAGAGCUGUCACGUUGAAGAAGAUGAAGAUGGUGAGGAAGAAGUCAAAAGCUUUGAAGAAAAGGAAAUGGAGAAACAAAAGCUCCUGUAUCAGCAAGCGAGGCUUCAUGACCGAGGGGCAGCCGAGAUGGUUCUGCAGAUGAUCAGCGCCUGCAAAGGUGAAAUGGGGCCAAUGGUCGCAUCUACCCUGAAGCUUGGGAUUUCUAUUCUCAAUGGUGGAAACUCCACAGUUCAGCAGAAAAUGCUUGAUUAUCUCAAGGAGAAGAAGGAUGUGGGCUUCUUUCAAAGUCUUGCUGGUCUCAUGCAGUCUUGCAGUGUGCUUGACCUAAAUGCAUUUGAACGACAGAACAAAGCAGAAGGACUCGGCAUGGUGACAGAGGAGGGCUCAGUCAUCACUCAUGAGCGCGGUGAGAAGGUGAUGCAGGACGAUGAGUUUACUUGCGAUCUCUUUCGCUUUCUCCAACUGCUCUGUGAAGGCCACAACUCAGAUUUCCAGAACUACCUACGAACUCAAACAGGCAAUAACACAACAGUAAAUAUCAUUAUCUCCACCGUGGACUACCUCUUGAGAGUUCAGGAAUCGAUCAGUGAUUUCUAUUGGUACUACUCUGGGAAAGAUGUCAUUGACGAACAAGGGCAGCGUAAUUUCUCAAAGGCAAUCAAUGUGGCAAAGCAAGUCUUCAAUACACUUACAGAAUACAUCCAGGGUCCAUGUACUGGCAAUCAACAGAGUUUAGCACAUAGCAGGCUGUGGGAUGCUGUGGUUGGCUUUCUUCAUGUCUUUGCCCACAUGCAAAUGAAACUGUCUCAGGACUCGAGCCAAAUUGAGCUGUUGAAAGAGCUAAUGGAUCUUCAGAAAGACAUGGUGGUCAUGCUGCUAUCAAUGCUGGAAGGAAAUGUGGUUAAUGGAACAAUUGGCAAGCAGAUGGUUGACAUGUUGGUGGAAUCCUCAAACAACGUAGAAAUGAUCCUCAAAUUCUUUGAUAUGUUCCUUAAACUAAAGGAUCUAACCACAUCUGAUACAUUCAAAGAAUAUGACCCUGAUACUAAAGGUGUGAUCUCAAAGAGGGACUUUCAGAAGGCUAUGGAGAGUCAUAAACAUUACACUCAGUCCGAAACUGAUUUCCUGCUCUCUUGUGCUGAGACUGAUGAGAAUGAGAUGCUAGAUUAUGAGGAGUUUGUUGAACGGUUUCACGAACCUGCCAAGGACAUUGGUUUCAAUGUGGCUGUUCUGCUGACAAACCUGUCGGAGCACAUGCCUCACGACACCCGGCUGCAGACAUUUCUGGAACUGGCAGAGAGUGUGCUCAAUUAUUUUCAACCGUACCUGGGCCGCAUAGAAAUCAUGGGGAGUGCCAAGCGCAUCGAGAGGGUUUAUUUUGAGAUCAGCGAGUCCAGCAGAACCCAAUGGGAGAAGCCGCAAGUGAAGGAGUCAAAGAGACAAUUCAUCUUUGACGUGGUGAAUGAGGGGGGAGAGAAAGAAAAGAUGGAACUCUUUGUGAACUUCUGUGAGGACACUAUCUUUGAGAUGCAGCUGGCAGCUCAAAUCUCCGAGUCAGACUCCACUGAGAGGUCUGUGAGCAAAGAGGACACCCAGAAGGACAAAUUGGAGGAAGAAGACCCCAAAAUGGGCUUUUUUACCUUGACGACAGUUCGGACUGCUCUGAUGGCCUUGAGGUCUAACGUGAUGAUCCUCAUGAAGAUGUUCACAACUAAAAGCCUCAAAAAGCAGGUGAAGAAAAUGAAAAAGAUGACAGUGAAGGACCUGAUUAUGGCUCUCUUCUCUUUCUACUGGAGCUUGCUGGUCGGACUCUUCCACUUUGUAUUCAGCGUUUUUCGUGGAUUCCUUCGUAUCAUGUACAGCACUUUGUUGGGAGGAAGUCUUGUGGAAGGAGCUAAGAAGAUCAAAGUGACGGAGCUGCUGGCCAACAUGCCAGACCCAACUCACGAUGACGUCGAUGGUGAGGUUGGAGAAGGAGAAGGGAAAGUUGCCCCAUCAGCACUGCCAGAAGACUUAACUGAUCUGACAGCCGUCACUGAGGAGACUGAUGUCCUGUCCGAUAUCUUUGGUUUGGACCUACGGCGUGAAGGAGGCCAAUAUAAGCUCAUACCACAUGAUCCAAAUGCUGGCAUGUCUGAUCUAAUAAGCCCUCAGGCUACUAGUGAGCCACUUCCAGAACUCCAGACUGAACCUCAGGCUGAAGAAACCAAGGAGGAUGAGACUAACGAGAAAGAGGACCCAAAAGUGGAACCGGAAAAGGCUGAUGGAGAAGAUGGAGAAAAAGAAGAAAAGGAAGAAAAAGUUCCAGAGCAAAAACCGCAACAGAAAAAGAAGCAGCGACAUGCACAAAAAACAGACGAGCCUGAUGUCCAAGAAUCUGCCUUCUGGAAGAAAAUUAUAGCAUACAAACAGAAGCUGCUUAAUUAUUUUGCACGUAAUUUCUACAACAUGAGGAUGCUUGCGCUGUUUGUAGCCUUUGCUAUUAAUUUCAUUCUUCUCUUCUAUAAGGUAUCAACCUCUCCACCCGUAGAGGAGCGGGAAAGUAUUCUUGGUGUUUACAGUCAAGGAGGUGGAACCUCUCGGUGGAGCAGUGGGCACAGGGUCACAGUGCAUUACGUGCUACAAGAGAGUAGUGGAUAUAUGGAGCCCACACUGAGAAUUCUGGCUAUCCUACACACCAUCAUCUCCUUUUUUUGCAUCAUUGGUUAUUAUUGCUUAAAAGUCCCAUUGGUUAUCUUUAAGCGAGAGAAAGAAGUGGCCAGGAAGCUCGAGUUUGAUGGGCUGUACAUCACAGAGCAACCUUCAGAGGAUGACAUCAAAGGACAGUGGGAUAGACUGGUUAUCAACACACAGUCAUUUCCUUAUAAUUAUUGGGACAAAUUUGUGAAGAGAAAGGUUAUGGAUAAAUAUGGAGAAUUCUAUGGAAGAGACAGGAUCAGCGAGCUGCUGGGAAUGGACAAGGCGGCUUUAGAUUUCAGUGAUGCACAGGAGAAGAAGAAGCCCAAGAAAGAAAAUUCCUUCUCAGCAGUACUGAACACCAUUGAUGUUAAGUACCAGAUCUGGAAGUUAGGAGUGGUAUUUACAGAUAAUUCUUUCCUGUACCUUGCGUGGUACAUGACCAUGUCAAUUUUGGGGCACUAUAACAAUUUUUUCUUUGCUGCCCAUCUGCUGGAUAUCGCUAUGGGAUUCAAAACAUUACGGACUAUCUUGUCGUCAGUGACCCACAAUGGCAAGCAGCUGGUAUUAACUGUGGGUUUAUUGGCCGUUGUGGUGUAUCUGUACACUGUGGUUGCAUUUAAUUUCUUCCGCAAAUUCUACAAUAAGAGUGAGGAUGGAGACACACCAGACAUGAAGUGUGAUGAUAUGCUGACAUGUUACAUGUUCCACAUGUAUGUGGGGGUCCGUGCUGGAGGAGGCAUCGGGGAUGAGAUCGAAGACCCUGCUGGGGAUGAAUACGAAAUCUAUCGGAUCAUCUUUGACAUCACCUUCUUCUUCUUUGUAAUAGUCAUCCUCCUGGCCAUCAUUCAGGGUUUGAUUAUUGAUGCUUUUGGUGAACUAAGAGAUCAGCAAGAGCAGGUGAAAGAAGACAUGGAGACCAAAUGUUUCAUCUGUGGCAUUGGCAAUGACUAUUUUGACACGGUGCCUCAUGGCUUUGAAACUCACACACUGCAGGAGCACAAUUUGGCAAAUUACCUGUUUUUCUUGAUGUAUCUUAUUAACAAAGAUGAAACGGAGCACACAGGGCAGGAGUCUUAUGUGUGGAAAAUGUACCAAGAACGCUGCUGGGAAUUCUUUCCUGCCGGAGAUUGCUUUCGUAAGCAGUAUGAAGACCAGCUCAAUUAAAGCAAAGGACUAAGAUGACCCACAAACACUGAAAAACCUACAGAUUUCCUCUUUGAAUGCUUUCAAAUCUUUCUUUGUAUAUAACCUAUUCAGUGUGCACUUGGAGGACAGAGGCUAUAGCUCACUGAUUCUGCUCUUGUCAGCGCAUCUGCUUUUAAAUUGAUGUAGAAAAACAAGUAUUGAUCUCAAACCAUGUGCAGAGACGUUUAAGACAUUUUGUUCAUCAUGUGAGCACAUGCGUGAAAGAUGAUAUUCACUCCCAUCCCGUACAUUCAUGUAUUUCUUCAUCCGGAAUGGUAAUGUAUACUUUUGAUGUGCAGAGCAAUCUGUUUACGGACACUGGGCUGCGAUGAGGAAAUAGUGCCUUACUAUGCGUGGGUUGAGCUAUGCAAGUCAAAGAAGUUGUGUGCAUGACCGUGUCACACUGUAAAUCAAUCUUUUGAUGUACAUGCUUCUGUCUGACUUCUGUGUGUCUCAGGAGAAGUGUAGGACAUUCACAUGAACCUAAGACGUUAGUUUCUGGUUAUUUCGCUCUUCCUUAUUUUGGUAAUGCUCUUAUGCAAUACAGCAACAGUACAGAUCUUUGAACAAAAGAUUCUGAUCAUCUUUAAGGAAAUAAAAAUACAUCAUUGCAUGUUUAUUAUGCAAGUAAAACAGAGAAAAUAAAGUGGCAAGCUGAUCAUUGUGACAACUAUUUUUUAGGUUUAAGGUUAUUGAUAAUUCUGUAGUUACAAAGUGUGGUGUACUUUAUUGUAGAUUCAGAGCCAGUUUCAUCAGCCAAGAAUUGCAUCAGUUAAACUUGGUUGCUAUGUCUCAUUUUUCUGCCACUUGUGGUGAAUAUAGUGAUUGAGGAAUAACUGUCCACUCAUUUCUGACUGAAGCUGAAGCAAUAUCCAUUCAGGGAUUUCACCAAACACCAUUGUAAAGUAAUUAUGUGUAGAAUACUUCAUUUGAGUUGUUUUCAAUUGUAAUGCCAACCUUUCGAAAUAAAACGUUC